ACCAAAGCAGUCACAAUGUUAUAGCCUACGAUACUGUUACUAUUCCGCAUGAAAACAAACAGCAAUGAUGUCGACGUUUUGUGCGGGAACUAGGCUACUAUUCUCGGUUUUGAGAGCUAGAACAGGGAAAACCCGCUAUCAUAGCGUGGCACUAGUGCAGCUGAAGGAAGGUUAAUCACGGUUUCAGCACCUGGACAGCUCCGUGUGGAGGAGGUCUAUUCGGAAGCAAGGAGUCCCUGCUGCGAUCGCGGGGGAAGCCUUCAAACCCAGCUAGAAAAUCUGGAGCAUUGUAGCCUACGCACACAACGUUCGGUCCUUUCCUACUCCACUCUCCAAUGAUGCUGUCAGCUGGUUAUUUGUUGGAUAGUCAGGGAGACUUCAUUUGAUCCUGCUGAAUGACGAUGGUGGUUGUAUUUCGGCUCCACUCUUUUCGUUCAUCUCAAGAUUCUAAUCAACAGCAGCGGCGGUGCUUGUCCAACGUGAAAGUGCUAAGGAUAGCUGCAGCCUACACAUCGCCACGAGCUUGGAGCACGGGCCUCACUCACGCUGAUCAUCACAGUGGGGGACACGGGGCCAACUGGAGGCACGAUUAGACAGUCAACAAUGUAAAUCAAGACAGGUUCAUCAUGAGUGCCGCAGAGUCUACCUGGCGUGGUGAACUGAGGAGCUAAGAAAGCCAUUGCCUGACGUGGGAACUAAGUGAAGAGCAGCCUCCUCUUCUUCCUCUCUCUACCACCCACCGACAUGGCUAAGCCUCAGCUUAGCUAAAGUUCACUGAGAACUGGAGAACUCCCUGACCUGCUAAGCCCAGACCCCACCACCCUGUGAAGUAUAAGAAUUACACAAUCUAAACAGCACAUCGGAGCACAUCAUAGCUCAUCACACAGCACAGCAACAUCACAGGACGUCAUGAGAGAGAAGGCAGGGAAUGGAGGACGGAGGAAGGGAGGGAAGACUGGCCGUCCCCAAGAGCCGGCUCCUCUCUAGGUUUCUUUCUACAAACUCGAUUCCAAAAAAGUUGGGACACUGUACAAAUUGGACAUGGUGGUGCAACAGCAGGCAGGAGGCCUGUCAGACCUGGAGAUCAUCUCCCAGCCAGACCCAGUAGAGGAGCAGGCUGUAGACGAGAUGAACCCAUCCGGCAUGGCACCUGUCCAGCUGGUCAGCUUUGGCUACAGGGACCUUCCUCUGGCCCACCUGGACCUCUCCCUGGCAGGGUCACAGCUCCUAUCUAACCUAGACGAGGAUGACAACAGGGAUGGGUCCAACUGGUUGAAGCCGUGCUGUGGUCGGAGGGUCGCCUUGUGGCAGGUGUGUCUGCUCAGUGCAGGCUUCAACUGUAUCCUGGUUGCUCUAGUCAUCUUGGUGGUGGUCUUCUUGACUGUGGAACUCCUUAUAGACACCAGGCAUCUGCAAUUUUCCAAUGCUUUCCAAUUUGCCAGCAUAAUCCAUUGGAUCAGCCUUGCCAUCCUUUCAAUCUUCUUCACUGAGACGGUCUUCAGAAUUGUAGUGUUUGGGAUUUGGGACUACAUUGAGAACAAAGUGGAGGUGUUUGACGGGGCGGUCAUUGUUCUGUCUCUGGCACCCAUGGUGGCGUCCACGGUGGCCAACGGCCCCAGCAGCCCCUGGGACGCCAUCAGUCUGAUCAUCACCCUGCGCAUCUGGAGGGUCAAGAGAAUCAUUGACGCCUAUGUUUUGCAGGUGAAGGUGGAGAUGGAGAUGGAGAUCCAGCAGUGUGAGAAGACCAAAGCUGUCAGAGAGGAGCAGCUGGAACGGCUCACUCAGAUCUGUCAGGAACAGGCAUUUGAGAUCAGACAGCUCCGGGCCCAUCUGGCCCAGCAGGAUUUGGACCUGGCUGCAGAGCGGGAGGCUGCCAUGCAGAUCCACCAUGUGUGGGGCAAACAGAGCAGUAGCUACCAGGUGGUGGAGGGCCAGGGCCCUGGGGAGUCUGAUGAUGAGGGACACAGGGUCCUCAGGGAGCCACGCAACCCAGCAGAUUCUGUCGUACAUCAUGACGACAUGAACAACUAUAUCAGUCAGUACUACAGUGAACAAAGUAGUGACACAGGGGAUCCUUGUGCCAUCACCACAGCAGCCAUUGAUGUCCACCACCCAAAGACCCCUAACCCUAUCCACAACAAAUCUCUGCUGGGUGUGGAGCGAAUUGACAAUGCUGUGAGUGGGAGUGACACCUGUGCCAGCAUAUCACAGUCCAGCGGGAGUCUAACGGCCCGCCCUCAUAGCCUAAGCAGCCAUACCCUGGGCUCAUCAAAUAAGGACUGCAGCAGCAGCAUCAACAGGGACUACAACACCCAGGGUAGAGACUUCCAUUUCAAGACCAAGGCCCGGGGGCCCUUCCUGAACUACAAGUCCCAGAAGCAGAUUCAGGCCAGGGACUACAACAUUGAGGACUACAACACCCAGAGCCGACAUUGCUUUCCUCUGCCCUACUGUGGCCCUCUGGGCCUGGGUCUGACACCAGCCCAGCAUGCCCUUCCAUUGGAUCACAGCAUGGUAGUUCAGGAGUUGCUUUCCUCCCUGUCUGAAGACUCCUGUCUGGCCCAGAAAAGCCUGGUGGACCCGGUUAACCUGAAGCUACCUAGUCCUGCUGGCUCAGCUAAAGCCAGUCCGGAGCUGGAGCACCGGGUCAACAUCUACAACCGUAAGAAUCAGGAUGAGACCCAGUACCAGAGCCAAGGCCCAUCCUGUGUUCUACUGCAGACUAAGCCUCUCAUCCAUCUACAGGACCGUACUCCUGAGUCCUCUUUGGAGGAGAAGUAUAGGCUACUUGGGCCUGCUGAUGGUCCACUGAAACGCCUGCCUGAUACAUAGGUUUGAUUCAAACCACUGAGCUAAGCCCAACAAAGCUGCAUUGUGCUAGCCUAUUAAUUUAUCUCUGUGUUUGUUAAAGACAUGUGAAAACAAUCUAAAAGCCAGGACUUUUUGGUUUGGGUUGGCACAACAGUGUUAAGAGGGCAGUAGGUCAGCCCCAAGUAUACAGCUCAGACAAAACUCACAGACUUUACUUUUCCAAAUCCUUAUGCCUCGAACAAAAACAGUAGCAGAGCCUGCUGUCAUACCUGGUCUGCUCCAUGCUCAUACCUGGUGUGUCAGAGACUAUCUGGAGUUAGCAAGGCAGCACAAACAGACCUGGGACUUGGCUCCAGACAGCCAUAGCCACCCUUGUCCUCCAGUCUGGGCUGACUUUGACAAUUGCCUAAUUCGCACAGCAAUGUUUCAAUGAGGACGGAGGGGACAAGUGUGGGCCUAGGAAGAACCACCAUCAGGAAAUCCCACUUUAAAUUGCGUCCUAAAUGUGAAAUAAAACAGUUUGAAACAAACCAGCAAGGGGAAAUAUUCAGGUCCUUAUAGAACAAGCCUAUUUACAUUUUCCUGUUUUAACUACCUGACUGAUUUGACCUGGGGUUUCUCCACGUUUGGUGACAGUAGGAGUUGGAGGGAUGUGUUUUUUUAUUAUUAUAGCUACUGUAACUGUGCAGCUCGUUCUGCUCUAACAACCAAGCCACAGGGUACUUUUCACUGGACUAACAGUCUUUGCCAAACAGACAAUUUCUAACUUUACCUUUAAGUUUGUCUUUCUAUAACAUAGAUGAAGAUGUUCGUAUCUAAAUAGAGCGACAUCAGUAAAGUCCUUGAUAUCUUUUUUUGCCAGAUACAAGAACAAUAAGAGUUUAAACUAGCAGGAAAAUGACAGGUACAAUGUGAGGAUAAGUACUUAAGAAUAGUACACAUUUAUUGCAAUUUAUUAUGUUAAAAGUAUGCAAAUUCGAUUUUGAGCCGUGUUAAAGGAUGGAUGUUUUCAAUUGGUGUGCUUGUAGCAUGUACCUUUAAAAGAUGUGCGCCUGGCGCCUGAACAUGGCAAGCCAAUCCUGUGCACUUUAAUGUUUACAGAUGUUUUGUAAACUUAAUAUGAGGGAAACUCAUUGCCAAAUUGCAGAUGGGGUCAUUCAAAUAAACCUUUGUAACAUUAACAACAUUGUGGUCCCGUUUCAAUGCUAUUAUUUGUACAUGGGCCAGGCAAUUAGGAAUUAAAAUAGUUGCCACUUUGUUUGCAGAGAGUUUUCAUAUUAAUUGGUAGUUAAUUGGUAGGGAAAUGCACGUGGGCUUUUUCCCAGAUAUGAUGAGUGCUCUUAUUGUAUUCAGACUUACAACACUUUUGCAUUAGCAACUGUUAGUGUAUUUGCAUAUUGCAUACUACAACUAAAUGCAUUAUUUAUAUAUACAGUAUUAACAUUAGAGAGACCUGUCACAACAAAAACUUAAUUGGUUAACAAGCUU